UUUCUGGUUACAUGUUUAAAAAUUUGUGGUCAGUCUACAGCUAAUGGUGAAAGUACAAUAACAGAAAAACGAGCGAAAACAAACCAAAAUCUGGCGGUAUAUAAUCCGAUUCCUGUGCCGUCCAGUCAGUCUAGACUUGUUCAGACUAAUAACGAAACAUUUCUUUGGGUUGCAUUUUUCUAAAUCAAAUUUUUUAUUCGCCAUGACUUUUGUUACUUUGAGGAAACGCACGACCUGCUUUACGUUCCUGGUUUUGCUCCACGUCUCCAUCGCUUGGGGUGGCAAUGACAAUUUUUCGUCUGCUAGUCUACCGAGCAAUAUAUCAGCUGUGAUUCAGAAGUCGCGCGUCGGUAAAAUUUCAACAAGUAACGAGGCCAUGCCUGUCAUGCUGGAAGGAGGAAUUUUCGACGAUGCAGGCAAUCUGGGGUCACCUCAACUACCAGCAGAAGCAGCUGGAACCAACCUGACAUCGACUACGACUUCUGCUCCGAUGGAUCUUCCACUGUUUUAUCCGUCGUCGCCUAGCCAUCAACCUGGUAAGCACUACGGUCCUCAUCGUGAAACGUAUCACCCGCUCCCGGCACGACGAAACAAAGACUCGUUCCGCCGUCCAGCAGAAUUCACCCCCGUCAAACCGAGUUUUUUGGGCUUUCCUCCUAUUUCCAACACACGUGAGAAUGUCGGCCUGGAAAUCAACUGGGCGGCGAAAGUCGGUCGAGCUCAUCGUUCUUUCUACGAUUUUCUGUUGGCUUGAUUUUCAUGUACAUCCGUUGUGACGAUUGCUUGAGCUCUCGUUGUGUAAUCUAAAUGGCGAAUGUUUAUAAUUUUAAAUCGCUUCGAAGUAAACGCUUUGAAAUUUG